CUCUCUGUGAGCCAGGCAUCUCCUCAUCUUCAUCCACAACCACCACAUUCACAACCAACCCACCGUAUGUCCCUCAAACCACUGCACAUGGCCAACCUCCCCCCCGCUGCGAUAGGCUCAACCACAGGGCCAGGUCAUGGCAGCGGGCAGGCGUCCAAGGCAUCCCUUAACCACUUGCUCAACUUCUCCCUUCCACCUAGGGAGCCGGUCGUACAGCACAGACCGAGGAGAGCGAGAAGAGUGGAUCAGAGCACGGCGGUUUGGAACAAGGAGCGGUUCGUCAACGCUCAGCAUCAUUUUGUCCUUCGACCAAACGGGGACUAUUCCGUUCAUUUUGCAGAUCCGGAUAUCUUCUUCCAAUGGCCAGAUAUACUCCAGGUUAUCGUCCCCCCUCCCUCGACCGUACAACACAAACCUUCAGAACUUCGGUGUCCUAUCUGUCUCUCCCCACCCGUAGCUCCGAGGAUAACAAAGUGCGGGCACGUGUAUUGUUACCCCUGUAUACUACACUAUCUUGAUACCUCUGCGCCGCACAAAUGGGCCCGGUGCCCGAUCUGCUUCGACUCCAUAUACGAGAAAGCGCUCAAGCCCGUGCUCUUCCUGCCUUCUCUCCCCAACCCUCAAGCCUCGGGCGGAUCUGCCAGCGCGGAUGCCACCAGCUCGAGGGACGACGUGCGGGAGGGUGAGGGCGAGGGCGAGGUUUUGGGUUUGGGAAGUCUUAGGUUUAGGCUGAUGGCCAAGCACCCGGAUACGACACUCGUACUUCCCCGGUCGGCGAGCUGGCCGGGGUUGGUAAACGAACUUGAGAGUCCGUUCUGGUUCUUACCGGAUGUGCUGACUUUCUCGAGGUUUAUGCUCUCCACCCCUGCCCACCUGCACGCCUCUGCGAAACGGGAUCUUCUUGAGCUCGCUUUUGAGCUAGCUACGCUCGAAGCACUGCACGACGACCUCGGAGCGGUGUAUGCCAAGCGCGCGCAGGAACAUAUCGCCGAGUGGGAAGAGCACGUAGAUGAGAUGGACCUCGAGGAUGGCGGGGCUCGGGAGAGGGAGAAGAAGGAGCGGGAACUGGAAGGGUGGAGAGGGAGGGAGAAGAAGAGGGAGAGAGAGCGACUUCGUGCGUUGGAGAAAGAGCGUGAGCGGGCUUCUGCCCCGGAUCUGGGGGCACCCCUCCCUGGACCAGAGGACUUCCUUGCUUCUCUCUCUCCUGGACCUGGGACUCCCUCUCCCUCCCCCUUCCCUGGAACUCAGCAGCGGGGAAAGCCUGCGCCCUCGGCCCCGAGCCCGACGUACUACUACUACCAGGCUGCGAACGGAGCGGCGGUGUUCCUCCAUCCGCUGGAUAUCAGGAUCUUGAGGAGCGUGUACGGGAGCUAUGAGCGAUUCCCGGAUGAGGUAGUUGUGGGGGUCGAGGCCUCUGAGGAGGGUCGUGUCACCCCUGCAUUGCGCAAGACGCACAAGUACCUUUCCCACCUUCCUGAAGGUCAGGAUAUCACUUUCCUCGAAGCGGACCUGAGCACGCUCUGCACACCAGCACAACUGGCGCCUUUUGCCGAUCUGUUACAUAAGCGGCGCGAGCGGCGGAGGGAACGUGAGGAGAGGGAAGAACGAGCUAGGAGGCGCGCGGAGAGGGAGAGAGAGGCUGAGAUGGAGAGAGAGGUCGCCCUUCGGCAGGGCGGGUGGGGGAGGAAUGCGGGGAGGGGAGAACGACAGUGGGAGGAUUGGAGCGAUCCCCAGGAGGGGAGGGAUGAGCCUGCAGCUGGAAGUUCCCCGGAAUCGGAAUCGGUCAAUAUUGAACCCCCUCCCGCUGGUGCUGGUGCUGGUGCUGGUGCUGGUGGGCUGUCGACGUCCGUCCCUGCCGCGGGCACAUCGCCCGGUGUUUGGGGAACAAGGACGUUCGCAUCCGCCGCUUUGGCGAACGCUGCCCCUCGGCCUCGUGCACGACCGACGUCUUAUCCUCGUUCUUCCGGACACGGAGACCGAAACCGGGAACGGGAACGGGAUGAGGAAGAGGAAGCAGAGCGAGAGUGGGAAAGAGAGAGGGAGAUGGACGUCGCUUGGCUCGAGUUGGAGAGUAGGGCGUUAGAGGAACGGAGGGCUACUGGAGGGGGCGGGAUAAGUGGGGCAGGAGCAGGGGGAGCGGGGGCAGCAACAGGGGGAGCAGGAGGAGGGGGAGGGGGGAAAGGGAGGAAGAGGAAAGGUCAGAAGUUGGUCAUCUUGGGUGGGAGUGGGAGGGGGAGGGCCUAG